AUGUUGGAAACACUCUACAACCUGCCAUUUCACAUACUCGUGCCGCCCAACAUCAAAGUGCGUCGCUUUGCCCUGCCAAUGCCCUCGCCCAUGGCAGUAUUUUCCGCUGUGUUGCUCUCCUACUUUCUGGUCACAGGCGGCAUUAUCUAUGAUGUGAUAGUGGAGCCACCCAGCGUGGGCGCCACCGUCGACGAGCAUGGUCAUUCCCGUCCUGUGGCCUUUAUGCCAUACCGCGUAAAUGGGCAAUACAUCAUGGAGGGCUUGGCCAGCAGCUUCCUCUUCACUGUCGGUGGCCUGGGUUUCAUCAUUAUGGAUCAAACACACACGCCCGGCAAAACGAAUCUCAACCGACUGCUGCUCACGGCCAUGGGCUUCAUUUUCAUAUUGGUUAGCUUCUUUACCACCUGGCUGUUUAUGCGCAUGAAGUUGCCCAGUUAUCUGCAACCCUAAAUCCUUUAAGGACAUUCCAAUUUCGCUCUCUAUUAGUAUUACAAUUUAUAUGUCAGUAGCCUGAUACAACUAGUGUGUAUCUACGAUAACCACUGGUUGAAAUACAUGCUACGUUUCGUAUCUAAACUAAACGCUGUUCUCGGACUAAUUUAAAAUUAUAUUUUUAAUAAGUU